AUGGCGAGAAGCGCCUCUCAAUCAUCUCAAUCCGCAUCUUCCGCUGCCACAACACGACCGGGCGUCAUGGCUCCACGCGGCUCCGCUGCUGCUACAGCCGGAAUGCGCCGUCGCCGUCUCGCCGGUGGAAACACCACCAGCUCCAGCUCCGCCGCGGGAGCAUCCAGCGGUGGAAACAACAUGCUGCGAUUCUACACCGACGACGCACCUGGAUUGAAGAUAUCUCCAACCGUUGUUCUCGUAAUGAGUCUCUGUUUCAUUGGCUUCGUCACCGCUCUUCAUGUUUUUGGAAAACUCUACCGUUACCGAUCCGCCGCUGGCGCGGCCGCUUGA